UUUAUUUCUUUAGGCAUUCUGUCUUUAAAUAGUAUCAACUAAUUAAGAAGGUUUAAAAUGAAUUCACGUUUUUUAAAUUCUUUUCAAGUUCGUAAUAGUAAUAUAAGAUGUUUCUCCCUUAAUUCAUGUAAUCUGCAAAAGAAAAUAUCGGUGAUCGGUGCCCAGGGUGGCAUAGGCCAACCCUUAUCCUUGCUUCUCAAAAUCCUUCCUUCUCUCUCCUCCAGUUCGAUUUCUCAUUCUAACCCUCAGAUUCCGAGUACUUCUAAAACGACCUCCAAUAACCCUCUUCCACCUUCAUCGGCCUCCAUCGCUGCCCAACACCCGACUUCGCACCUAUCUGCUACCACCAUAGGUCACUUAUCCUUAUACGACGUUGUAAACACCGAAGGGCUGGCCUGCGACUUGAGCCACAUAAAUACGCCUCCUACUGUCGAGGGCUUCAAAGCUGCCGAAGGAAAGGAAAAAAUCCGUGAGAACUUGGCGAAAUGUUUGGAAGGCGCUGAUCUGGUUAUCAUUCCUGCUGGUUUGGCUAGAAAACCCGGCAUGACGAGGCAAGAUCUGUUCGAUACUAAUGCCACCAUAGUCAAGGAUAUCGCGCAACUGGCCGCUAAGCACUGCCCCAAGGCAUGCUUUUGCAUUAUCACCAAUCCGGUUAACUCUACUGUCCCCAUAUUUUCAGAGAUUUUUAAGCAUUUCGGGGUAUAUGAUCCCAGAAAAAUUUUCGGCGUAACAACGCUAGACGUAGUCAGAUCCUGCACCUUUAUAUCCUCCGCUAAGAGCCUUCCUACCUACAAAAUGAAUAUACCCGUGAUUGGAGGUCACUCAGGCAAUACUAUAGUGCCCUUGGUAUCUCAAUCCACUCCCCCUGUUUCCUUCAAAGAGGCCGAUAUAAAAGCCUUAACCAAGAGAAUCCAGAAUGCUGGAACGGAAGUCGUCAAUGCUAAAGCUGGAGCUGGAUCAGCAACUCUGUCCAUGGCAUACGCCGGAGCAAGAUUCGCUCUUUCGUUAUUAGAAGCUUUGGACGGAAAAGAUGGGGUAGUUGAAUGCGCUUACGUUAAAUCUGAUGAAGGUGAUGCCAAAUAUUUUGCAAAUCCUUUGUUGCUAGGGAAAAAUGGUGUGGCCAAAAAUCUUGGAAGAGGAAAAUUAUCCGAUUACGAAAAGGAACUCUUAAAAAUAGCCCUACCAGAACUCAACGAAAAUAUUACCGCGGGAGAAAAAUUUGCCGCUAAUUGUAUUAAAGCGAUGUGAUUUUUUUUAAAAAAACAAAUUUUGAAUCCAAUUUUUUUUCUUUUUUUAUUAGUUAGUUAAUACUUAAUUUUAUAGAAAUUUCUUGUUUACAAAAAAAUAAGAAAAAAUUUGAAAAUGUUAAAAUUUUUUAUUUUAAAUCGCAUAAGAAAUUUUUUCUCUAACCUCUUAUUUUUUUUUAUAUAAUACUAUUCUGAUCCUUAUUAACACUUGUUUGUAGUAAGUAUUAAAAAAAUAUAUUUUUUUAAAAAAUUGCUUUUAUUAACCUAAAGAGUUUACGUUAACUUAGCUAUUAGAAGUUUUACUUUGAUUUUAAAAUCAUAUUUUUACAAUUUAUAAUGUGAUUUCCUUGUGAUUCUAAUAUUCUAUUCACUUUUUUUCUUCUUUUUUUUUUUAAAAAAAAAAAUUGAAUUCAUUGACAAAUUACUUAUAAAGAAAAAAUCAAAAUAAAUCUAGUUUUUAAAAUUG